ACGUUCCGUGACACACCCCGCAUAUCCGUGUUGGUUCUGUUUGAUGUGACAUCCUGCUUCUUCUGCCGCAGGCUAUACAAACUGCUGAGACACAAUAUUGAACGGCUUCUGUUGGAGACGCGGUGUUGUCCUACCAAACAAAAGAGCACGAUCCAUUAUGAAUUUCUUCUUGGAAACCAUCAAAGUACUCCUUUUGUCCAUCUGGUACAAUGUGGAGUCUUUCAUCUACCUCUUUGUGCCAAUGAAAAAGAAGAACAUCGCUGGUGAGGUGGUGCUCAUUACAGGAGCCGGUAGUGGAAUCGGCCGUCUCAUGGCUCAGGAAUUUGCAGCUCAUAGCACCGUGCUGGUGUUGUGGGAUAUCAACCAGGAAGGGAUGAAGGAAACAGCCAGACUGGCUAAAAGUAAUGGAGCCAGUCGAGUCCACUACUAUAUCUGUGACUGCAGUGACAAGAAUGAAGUUUACAGAGUGGCUGACCAGGUGAAGCGAGAGGUGGGUGAUGUCAGCAUUCUAGUGAACAACGCCGGCAUUGUGACAGGAAAGAAGUUCAUGGAUGCUCCUGAUUCACUGAUUGAGAAGACCAUGGAUGUCAACAUCAUGGCUCACUUUUGGACCUACAAGGCCUUCCUUCCUGCUAUGAUUGCCAACAAUCACGGGCACCUUGUCAGCAUUGCCAGCUCUGCUGGACUCAUAGGAGUCAAUGGAUUGGCAGACUACUGUGCCAGUAAAUUUGCUGCAGUAGGGUUUGCAGAGUCUGUGGGUCUUGAGCUGCUAGCAACUGGGAAAGAUGGUGUCAAAACUACAAUUGUAUGCCCGUACUUCAUCAACACCGGGAUGUUCGAUGGAUGUCAAACUAAGUGGCCAAGACUGCUACCAAUCCUGAAUCCAGAUUAUGUGGCCAAGAAGAUCAUCCAUGCUGUGCUCACAGACCAGGUCUACUUGCUUUUGCCUCGGACCAUGUACCUCAUAACUGCUCUGAAGAAUGUUUUACAGUGGAAACUGCGCUACCUCCUUGGCCGUUACAUGGAACUGGCCGUUGAAAUGGACUGUCACAAAAACCUUAGUGUACACUGAAAUGUACAUUAACAGACAUUCAGUGUUACAUGUGUUUGGAUGUUGUGCUCAGCUGUAACCUCUAACCAUGUACAGGGCACAUGUUCCAUUUUGAUUAUUGUAGCUAGGACUGUUGUAAUGUGUAACGAAACAUUCUGCAACCUCAGUUUGUUUAAAAUCGUCUGUGCUAAAUGUUGAAGUUUACUAGCAGGGAUGAAAUGCUUUAUUGACCAUGAAACCAAGCACAUUGCAUUUUUACAUGUGAUGGUGUAUUUACAUGUAGUGAAGCCAUCAUAAUGAAUGCUUUGUAAUAUCUAAUUAAAUACGUUUCCCCUGACAACAUUCAAACCCUCUUGUUUCAGAUACUCUGUCUUGCUCUCCUACCACUUAUUUAACUUUCAUUAAAUUGGUGUUUCCCUAAUAUUAUACUCGCCAAUGUCAAUAUAGUGAAACAAGAUGUGGGGUCAAAUUUUCCUAGACCUGGCUUGUGCUACAAAGCUGGAUUGCUUUCAUCCAGGUAACUAACCCAGUGGUUUAAGUAAUACAAAGGUGGAUCAUUUCUUAUCGGGAAAGAUUACCAUGGCAACUAAUGCCUAACUGGUUUCAGAGCAUGUUAAAAUCCAGAAUAGAGAUCAGCAGGUAUCGGAUCAGAAGCCUACUGACCAAGAUCCCUAAGAUCUCGGAUCUUUCAGAUCCUUAGGAUUCCUGGGACCUCUUUCCAUGGAUAGGAUUGUUUUUGGUUUUUUAAGAGCAUCUAAUGUCUCUGUGUUUCCUCAAACACAAAGUGAAAUACUUCAGUUCAUCUAAUCCCCAAUUUAAUGAUAGCGUUGUCAUAUUGAUAAAUCUGGUAACUUACUGAAUUUUAUUAAUGUGAACUAUGGCAGACACGAGUCACUGAUCAGUCUGGUCUGUUGAACAGACAGCUGCAUUCAGUUCAGUUAAAUUUCAUUUAUAUAGUGCCAGAGUUACAAA